UCCCUCUUUGGGUCACGCACCCGAUUUUUCUCCAUGAUAAUAAUAUAAACUCUCACAAUGGAUUAUUUGCACUCUUCUACGUACGAGAAAUGUAUUUUGAACCUGCUAGCAAACUGCUUAUCUUUUGAAAUGAGGAAGGCGACCGGCCUUUUAAUUACCUUCUCAUCCCUAUUUUGCAUUUGGACGUUUUUGAUGGUUCAGCAGGCUAAUUCUUUGAUGAAUACAACUGACUGCACAAAUAUGAAGCGCGCCAACCUCAAAUUACCAGUUUUUAGUACGGAUGGUGACGAGAAUUUGAGUUUUCCCAGAUGCGGCGAGUGGAUUCCAAAAGCCGAAACGAAACCUCCGUGGGCGGCCAACAUCGUGACGUCGAUUCAAAAACGAGCUGGAUGCGAGUGUGUCAUCCUCACAGACAAAACGCUCAUCUCCAGGCAUUCAGCGUUUGCUUGCGAUUACGCGUACGAAGACUUCAAGAGCGGCAGAGAAAUUUCAGUUUACAGGGGCAACUUGUGCAAUCCCAUCAAUUUCCCCAGCUGCGGAAGAAAAUCUAACGAACGGAUGCUGCUGAGCAAUAGAGUCACAGCGGCAACUUUGUUGUUCAAUGACGAACGCCAUUCUUCUUCCUAUUACGUUUGGACAAUAGAAAAAAUUACUUUCAGCGACAUGGUCAAGCCCAUUUGCUUGUGGAACUCUUUCCAAGAACCGUCUUCCCAGAUUGAUAUUUUCAACCAAGCUGUCAACGAUGACGCAUUUUCGGAAACAAGAAUUUUGAGUGCCAAAGAGUGCUUUGGUGAUGAAAUCGAGGCAGAACAAUGCAAAGAACUAGAUAAAAUUACUUGCGCCACUACAGCAUUGCAAAGUUCUCAUUACGGCUUUUUGGUGGCGCGCAAGACCGACCGAUUUUACCUUUUGUCGGGUGAUUUCAAGAUUGAUUAUUCCCGAAAUGUGGUCAGGUGGUUCAGAAUCGGGGACGACAUCCCGCAAAUGGUGUUUGCUUCCUCGGAUUUGGGCCUGAUGCCCGAAAUCCCGCGACCCAAGAAAAAAAAUCAGUGGAGCGAAUGUUUGCAUUGGUGACAGCGGCGGUGGUCUCGUAAUUUACGACCUGCACUCGGACGUUUUCUUUUUGCGCGGCGUCGUCAGUUUUGGCAAUGCCAAGAGGGUGAGAAUUGCUGGCCGCCGCGCCUACGUUUGCAACCCUGACGAUUUCGCCGUUUUCAUAGACCUCGGCUUCUAUAUGGACUGGAUCGUCCAAAAUUCGCCUGAUAUUUCUGCAACCUGAAAUUUUAAAACAUAAAAAAAAGAGAUGCGGCAAAUUUCUUUAUUAAAGAGUGCCAUGAC